AAUUCUGCAAGACUGACCUUUCUGACAAGCCGGGUAAAAUUUAUGCAAAAGAAUAAUGGUUUGGAGGUACUUUUUAUUUUUAUUUUUUUCUCUCCUCACUUCCACCAGGUGUUCACAGAACAGUUCUUAUCCUAAAAGUGGAUCAACUAACGCUGAAAAUGCAACCGAAUCGAUUGGAUUGAAUUUUUCCACCUCAAGGCCGACAGAAGCUACAACAUCUGUUUCCAGCGAGAAUGCUCCUAGUAAUAACUCUGUCUUGAAGAAAGAAGGUGCUCAAAACUUUACAGUCGAGGAGGAGGAGUUGUGGUCAUUUGAGCGAGAUGAAUCCGCAUUCAAAAGAAAUUUACCCUUCUUUCAGAAAAAGCUCAUUGAUCGGCUGAGAACUUGGAAAGAAGUUCUGAUCAAUGCAACUAAUCGGUGUGCGAAGCUAAAUUACAGUAGCAGUGCUAUUGCAGCCGAACUAGAAACUAAAUUCGUGGUCUUUCGAGCCCACAAAGUUGCUGGCGAGGAUGAAUCUGAUUAUGGUAAAUUUUUGACUCUUGAAACUUUUCACCCAGUGCUCAUGCGGCAGAAGAAAAACCAUGACCUGGUUUCUGUUGCUUAUAUGUCCAUCUUGGAACUGUGGCCUCUGUUGGUUUUGUGCUUUUCGUGUGCGGCUUUAUCAGGAAUGAUCAUCUGGCUUUUGGAUCAUCGCUCGAAUCCGGAGACUUUCUCCAGCCGAUUCUGGAAGGGCAUUGCAGACGGAAUGUGGUGGGCAAUAGUUACCAUGACAACAGUGGGGUAUGGUGACAAAGCUCCCAAGUCAUGGUUUUCUCGUCUCUUUGCUGUUGUGUGGAUGAUAGCAGGAAUAGUUUUAUUGUCCAUGUUCACGGCUCAGGUGUCGUCUCGUCUAACAACUCAGGAGCUAAAGGGCGAAGACCAUUUGUUUGGCAAAAAGAUUGGGGUUCCUCCUGGUCUCCUUGAUUCGAAUUAUGUUGAAUACGAGAUGUCAUUUUCUCUCGUCGAAGAAAUUGACGACCCCAUAAAUUCUGCCUCGAGUCUAAAGGGCCUUGAUUCCACUUUGGUGUUCCACUGCAAUGACAAAGAAGACGAUGGUUGGGAAGCUUUGAAGUUUCUUCCGCUCUGCGACAUUGGUGCCGCUUUUCUCUUACAUCCUGACAACGACGACGAGUUACCUAUGGAUAUUGAGGUUGAGGAGCGUUUUUUUAGAUGCCUGAAGUCCAAAGUACGAUCAGCGAGAAUAAAUAUUACUGAACUUAGGCGAAAUAAAAACAGAGGAGCCAUGAAAUCACAUUCUUGCAAAAAGUUUCUACAGGAGUCAGAUACCCUCAAGUUUCAGUUUAAGUGGGUUUAUUUCAGUAGCCUAUCACAGUAUCUUGUUCCUUUUGGUGCACUUAUGGGGGCAAUCGUACUGGCGUUUAUUUUUGGCUCUAUCUACGAUUUCUGCUGCCGUGAAAAUAAGAAGAGGAAGAGCCCGAGGAAAGGAGCAAACUCUCUCCAAAGUCAUUCGACUCAAGUAAGCCUCGCUCAAAAAUCUGGUGACCACCAAGAGCUUGAUAUGGCGAAAAGCAAAGUCUAACAUUAAGGAGCUGGUGCAUUGAGAAGUAAAUUGUAGAAAUGUAAACGUAGUUUUGACGCAUUAUUGCGUCCACAUUGAAACUGCUAAAAGCUCUGUGUUCCUGCUAUCUGUUCAUUACUUUAUGCCGACAUUAAGGGACUUUGUGAAGUUUAUAACUAAUAAGUAAAUGAAAAUAAGUACGUAAAUAGUUUCAACUAGUUUUGCUGUCUAGUGGAAAUACGAAUGCAUAAAUUUUGUAGAUACCCGCCCGAAGUCAAAAGCGAAAAGAAUUUCAAAUUCAAGCGCUGUCAUUAUAGCUCAUAGAAACUUAGACGAAAAUGUAAAAUAAACGUCUGAGUGAAAUUUUCUUAAAAGAUUUUGGUUUUAGCUUGAUCUGGAGGCUAGAAAGUAAAAAAUGGCAAGUUUAAACGGCAAAUGUAUUUAACCGAGAAGUGCUAUUCCAUCAUGUUCGUGAAGUCUGAUCUUCCGGGUGAGAGUUGACCUAACACCGAGGAAGAGAUGCCGCUAAUAGUAACUGACGUUUGGACAACCUUAACGGAAGUAAUCUUUAGAUCGAGUCUGAUGAUGACUUCUGAUGAUCUCGCCCCUCCUCGCACCUUCCACUCUAAAUAAAAAAAAUACUGGACGGAUAAAAGAUUGCGAUCAAGUAUCACCAACCUGUCUUAAAUAGACGCCUCUGCUGCCCAAACCGUACGAAUAGGCUAAUUGAUGUUAUUGAUAACAAUUUAGUAAGCAAUUUUUAUAGGUUUUUGGAUUGUAAAUUAAGCUAAGGAUAGUAUUAAAAUGUUUGUAAGUAAAUCCGCCUCGCUUAUAAUUGUAU